CAAGUGAGAGGCAAGAGAUCGCACACUUGACGUUGCCUGACAUAACCGCACAGUUCACUUCCCUCAUGGUGGAGCACGAAUUGAAGGAUGCAAGCCCCCCACCUUCCCAUCUGGAGAUGAGCAAGCCUCAGGAGGCCGCGCUUUCCCUUUCCUGGAUCCAAUCCCGGGAGCUGGGCUCGAGCCCCUGCAGAAUCAAGCAGGGCACGAGCCCGGAAAAGGCUCUUGCGUCUGCAUACCGGCGCACCAGCCGGCGCUCCGAUGCCACUCUGUUUUCCACCAUCUUCGCCGCCGCCUCCUUUUACACAAAAAAGCGCCAAAAUCGUCCCUGGCGUCACCGCGCUAGAAGAAAACUGUGCUGACUCUCUGAGAUGGCCCCUGUCGGCCUGGCAGUUAAAGGAUUGUGGUCCCGCCCACGUUGUCCGUAGUGCGAGACAUUUCUUCAGCUUUUCAUGGGCAUCUCACCCCGUCCCCUCGUUCACUCGUCGUCGUGGUUCUCACUCUCUCACCAACAUACUCACUGCCCUGCACUCUCGUUGUUGUACUUUUAGUUGCUUGUACAAUACAGUACAUAUAUGCCAUAUUUGCAUAAACCAGGAGUCUCCCUGGCUUCGUCUGCGUCCUGCCGCUGUUGAAAUCCCCUCGUUGCUGUCAAUUGGGCCUAUUCAACCGCCUGACGGACCUCAACCAUCGCGGUUCUGGUACAGUUUUCGGACCGUGUUUUGGUGCUGGAUUGCCGGACGUCACUGCGCUGGUUACCAGCUCUUCGGCGUUUGGACGAGUGGCAUAGAUCGGCUCCACGUCUGGUCCUGUCUCGAAAGCUACCAAGAUCAGCGUUCUGUCCCAGAGCCCGACGACAGAACCAUCAAGAUGCCACACGUCGUUUGAAGAAACAGAAACCACGAAUACACGGAUUAUUUAAAGACGAGCCCUGACAUCCUGUCUCGGUCGAGGCGCCAGCUCGCUUGUUUCAUCUCGUCGAACCCACCCUGAUUCAUUUUAGCGAAUUGCUUUUUGUUUCCCGUAUUCGGCGAUCAUUUCAAUCGCUUCAUU